AUGCCUCCCCGAAGCUCAUUAACCAGCUCCUUCUCGGUGACCGAUGUGAAUAAUGAGGUCGUCUGUCCCCUGAAGAAUAACGAUAGUUCCAAUUGUCGCAAGCGAUGCCUCGGUGAGAAACGCUAUCGAUCCAUGCAGGAGCACAUUCGACGUGCGCAUCCGAACCAUUACAUCCCGAAGCUCCCGGCGACCGAGGAGAGCUUCCUGCUGAUGGUGAACACCCCGCUCGAGCAACGAGUUCAACUCUCUCCUCCAGAACCCGCUCAACCUCGCCGACCUCAUGAUGUGGCGCCGGAAAGAGACAUCUAUGUUGCUGAUGCCAGCUCCCCGGCUACCCCUCGAGCUCUCGAUGAACCCCACCCAGCGGCGGCCACGGCGGCAGUUGCGCUGGCACAAUUGCACCAUCACCGAUUGGCGUCAGACUGGGAUACAGACAUGGAUACCCAUUCUGAUACCGACUUGAGUCAUCCUCGUAUGCGUGGGACUAUUGAGCUUCCCCCACUCCGCGAUCAUUUCAAGCAGGAAUCUCUCCCGCCCUUCUCUUCGCCUCGUCCUCGCGAGCUUCUUCCAUCCAUCUUAAAUCACUCCCCGCCCGGUCGCUCAUCCACAUUACCACCAAUUCAGCGAAGAGAUAAAUUUAGCCGCCCCCGCAAAUCCUCAAUCACUCAAUCUGCCCGGAAACCUAAGCAGGAUCGGCCCAAGUCCAAGGAAUUCGGGCGGCGGCCAAGCCUCACUGACCGUAAAGCCCUAUCGGCAGAGCCGCAAACCGCAGCUUGGGCGCAGGGCAAGCGCUGGGAAGAUUUGAUUGAAGCCGCGACGUCGGCCACCGAAGCAGAUGAUGAACGUUACUCGGAGGUGAGUCUGAAUGCAAUUUGGCGCAUUUUUGGCGGUGCUAAUGCGCCAAUGCUGCAGGCUGGUCGGUCUCCAACAAUUGCCCCACUCCUCUCCAACGUGACAUCUGCUCCUUCUGGUGUGAAAAAUCGGUCUUCGCUGCCACCCGCUUUCCAAUCCACAGGACUGCCUCCUAUCUCUUCACACCGGCCGUUCCCACAGCAUUCCUAUGCCGCCUCCCCUUUGCACAAAGCAUUGACCCCGCCACCGUACGAGAAUCACCGAAGCCGUGACAGCGACAUGGAACCAUUCCCAUCCAUUGAAUCAUCACUCGACUCCAUGUCUUCAGCAUCUGGUAGAAAUUUUGCGUCCUCGGUUUCGGGAGUUGCGCCGUCCAUCAACUCGGACUCCAGCCCAGUCAUGAAUCUUAUCCCGCCCAUCUCCCAGCGCCAACACCAUCGGUUCUCCAACCCCACUCCGUCAUCUUUCCGCAGUAAAGAAGUGCAGGUCUUUUGCGCCCAUUGUAAACGACCUUCGGCACUCAAUGAGUGCUAUGCUUGUACGGAGUGCAUCUGCGGAGUCUGCCGCGAAUGUGUGAGCAUGUUCAUUUCAAGUCCGCCCUCUUCAUUCAGGACCCCAGGAAAUGGGCCAUUAAAUAAUGCAUCUUCACAUGGACCGACAAGUUACCCAAGUCCGCGUGGGUGUCCACGAUGUCGAACGGUGGGAGGACAAUGGAAGGCCUUCCAAAUCGACAUCAAGUGA